AUGAAAGAAAAGUUCUUCAGGGGGGAAAAAAUAAGAAAGAAAAAAGACGAAGAAGAAGAAGAAGAAGGAGAAGAAGAAAAUGGAUGUUUCAGAUGUGAGGGUGAAUUACCUCCUGGAAAAUAUCAGCCAAUUGCUCACAUACGACUCUACUCUCGCCUGAUUUGUAAAAUUAAGGGCGUAUGUGUAUUGGAAGAUCUUCAAGAAAGUCUGAAGAUUCUCAAGGGCGUGAUCAUGAAUGAUAUAAAAUUAUAUUAUGAUUACGGCCCACAAGUAGUGGAUCGAUCCACGGGGAAGGAAAUAAGGGAAGUGAUUUGGAAAGCUGAGGAUGCCAUUGAUAGUUACUUAGUUGUUGCCGCUACAGCCCCGUUGCGAAUGGGUCAUUUCCACUUCCACAAGAAAUUCUAUUUUCUGGCAAAGCAGAUAAGAUAUUUCGGCGGGAGAGUUGAGAAUGAGGUGAAAAGACGGCCCCUUGAAGCACAUCAAAUUGAGGCUCACCAACCCGCAGGAACAUCAUCCAGUGAGGAGGCACACACAAUUGAGGAAAGGCAUGUAGUCGGGUUCGAUAAGGCAGCCCAAGGACUAAAAGAGCUGCUAAGUGAAGGACCAGAACACCUUGAGAUCAUGACAUAAAAGAAACGCUUCUCAAAAGUUGGACUUCGGCCUCCAAGUUACUCGAUGAUGAACAAGUGUCUCGAAUCGAUGUAGGAGAUCUGAAAAGUCAUCUCAGACAAUGGCGAGUCCAGAUUCAUCACCAUCACUGGGCCGGCCCACUACUUAGCCUUGGAGUCGAUACCUUCCCGAUGUGGCGGUCUAUUGUUGAUAACCCUAGUAGG